ACAGUAUUAUUUCUUAGCGUGGAAGGACUUAAGCGUCGUGUUGUAUAUGUACCGACAUUUUUAUAUUAAUUUGGUUUCUUUGUGAAAAUGGGGACUUAUUCGGAGGAAAAACGUGACAUGGACGACAGCGGUUGCAUACGAGAUUCGUCACCAAGCAAAACAAACUUAGACGACUACAAAGGCUCAGCACAACUCCUGGAUCUCUCCGAUGAUGUCUUGCUUUUCAUCCUUCGGCAUCUUUCGCCUAGAGACUUGAAGGCUUUGGGAUUCACCUGCCCACGACUAGGGUCCCUUAUCCUGGAUCGGUCCCUCUGGAACAGCUUUGAUUCGCGCGACGAGCAGUGCGGGCGUGCGCGGCUGCAGUGGUACCUAUCACACGUUGUACACGAUGCAACUAUUCGGGUGCACCUGACAGGCCUAGCUCAACUAUCCAUGGGCUGCAACGGCCUCUCGAGUACUACCCGCGAAGAAGAAGAAGCCAAGGCCAAGUACGAACGUGAGAAAAGGCAGCUUUAUGGUUUCAGUGACGAUGAUGAUAAUGAAGAUGGAAAUUCAUCAUCACGUUCUGCUAGAUACGGCUACGCAGUCGAGCAAUGUUACGUGGAUAGCGCGAUUCGCGAACCUCCCUACCCUCUCUUCAGGCAGCAUGCCAGGAUGCAUAUCAACGCUCACCAGCUGCCUAGAUCAAGCGGUGUUCCCAGCUGGCCAGAAGACUCUGAUGACGAAGUCCCAAACAAACCAGGACUGUGUUCAGGCUCCCCGAGUGGACCUGAGGCCAACUCGCAGUGUGCAGUCCCGUGCUGGGGGCCACAAUUUACGCUGUCGCAAAGCUUGUUGAGACACUUGAAAGUGCAGUGCCCAAACCUGUUGGAACUCAGCCUUGAAUACUGCAACAUCAAUUGUCGAACUACUGGUAUAUCUAAAUUUCCUCCUGGAUUGAAGAAGUUGUCCCUGCGCGGCACAAAAUGCUUCAACCUGCCCGUGUCCAAAUCCUACUUGUACAAGAUACAUGAUUACCUUCCCUUUUUGAAGGAAUUGGACGUGUCGGAAUGCGAUUGGCUGGAGCCCGCAGCGCUCCUUCCACUCAGCAAGAUGCCAAUGCUACACGUCCUGCAUGUCCGCAACUGCUACGCCAUGAGGGAGUUCGUAGCUUACGCAUCCCUAGCUACGCGCUACGGCUUCAAGGAACUCAAGGUCCUAGACUUCCGAGGCAGUCCCCUGGGCGAUUCCGAAGUAUCAGCCCUAGGUUGGAUAGCAAACCUCGAAGAGCUGUACCUAAGUCCCCCGCCUCUCAGAAACAAAACCAAGACAGGAAAAGAGCACCUGCAUUUCAAGGAAGACUAUCUGCCUGCAUUUGUUGAGUUGGACGACUGGGAAACGGAAGAGCCUGAGCACUUCCGGCUCCAACCUGUGCUAAACGACUCGGAUUCCUCAGCCAGCAGCAAUGGGGAGGGGAAUUUAAACAAUUGCGAUCAAAAUGGAGUGCUACAAACUGUAAAGCAAGAAAGUGAAACUGUAAAGCGAGAACGUGAAACUGACAGUGGCACAUCCGCCAAUAACAACGCACCAAGCUCGUCAAAUCAGAACGAAGCGCCAAAGCGCUGUUUAAUUCGAGAAAUUGGUUGUAUUGACACCUUAAACGAACCUGGACCGUCCAAAAAACGGAAAGACGGUGCGUCGAAUAAACCACGCAAGAAUUCAGACAAGGGUAAUAAACCUAAUGUGAGUGAGCUGGAUGAAGGUGGUGAUUUAAACAUUUUUAUUAGCAAAGAAGCUUUUAAAAGGGGUAACAAAAGCCUAAAUAAAGAGAUAGCCAAAGCUUUGCGUGAACAGAAACUCGCUGCUGCGAGAGCAAGAGGAGAAAAAGUUUUUAAUGUGCGGGAGAAUGUACGCUUUGAAUUUGUCCGUGAAGGUGAAGUUGAUAGCGAUACGAGUGAUGAAGACAAUGGUGGCGCUAAAGAGGACUGCAAUAAACGUAAGAUUCAUGACGGUGAAGGAAAUAAUGAUGAUAUUAAUCAACCUGGGCCUUCGAAACGUUACAAAGAAGCAGAUGCCAAAGAUAAAAAUAAAGGUAAAACAGAUAGUGAUAAAUCUAAGAGCUCUAAAUCGAAAGAUGACCAAAAUGAUAAUAGACAAGAUUCUGACAACAAUGAUGACGACGACGAUAAUGAUGCUCCUAACGAAAGAAGUCGAAUCUGUCAAAUUGCAGUUGACGCUUUCUUGCCAGAACGUCCUGUGUAUUUGAUGCCUAAUGCAAACAUUAGUAGGCGUGAGGAGCGCUUAUGGCGCAAACGUGCUAGAGGACGACGAAAUUCGGCACAAAAUGGAACGGAACGUUCAGUUCGAAAUGGUAAACAUACGUCACGUAAUGGCAAAAAUUCGUCUCGAAAUAAUGAAAGUUCGUCUAAGAAAGGUAAAAAGGCGAUUCAAAACGGUGAAAAGGCUUCUGAAAAUCAACCAAGUACAUCUAGAAACGGUUCAGACUCAUCUCAAAAUAAACCUAGUACGUCGAACAACGAUGCCACAUCUGGCAUGCCAUUAAUGAGAUAUGCAGGAAGUUGCACUGUAGACCUUUACAAUCAAGAACCAGUAGUCAUCGAAUGCUCAAUGAUACAACAAGAAGAACAAGAACGUCCAGUUAAACAAGAACGUCCAGAACAACAAGAUAAUCAGGAAGGUCAAAUAAAUCAAGAGCGUCCAGAACAACAAGAAAAUCAGGAACGUCAAAUUGUGCCAAGGGAAUCUCGUCAGCAUAUCUUAUACGUCAAUCUUGGGAGACCACAACAGGCUAAUGUGUUUCGUCUUGUACAGCACACGCCAAGAAUGGAUCCACAAGUAUCAUUGUUGCAUAGGCAUUCACAUAUCCAUCCAAACGCUCUGGUUAGUGACGCUGCAAUUAGGCGCUUCGGUCGAGCAGAUGGGGAGGACAUUGUCGUACAUAUUGGACCUAAUGGACCUUAUGCCGGCAACAGACAGGACAUUGGAGGACGUCCGAACAGGUCGUCGCUAAGAAUAUUGUCCGUAACUGGAUACCGGCUUGUUACGGACAGAAGUCUCAUACAUCUGGCAACCGCAGCUCCAAAUUUGCAAAGAAUUGAUUUCAGCCAGACCAGUGUCACUGAACGAGGCGUCGAGAACUUCAGGCUAACCAGGCCCGAUUGCGAAAUUACCUACAGUACAUUCGAGAAUAAUGAUACCGAACGGAACACCUAA